GCGUUAAGCGGGCGGACCCGCUGCCCCACUUCCGGGCGCCAUGUUCUCGGGGCUGCAGGAGCUUGGGAUCGCGAGCGGCGACGAUCUGAAGGAAACUCUGACCAACUGCACAGAGCCGCUGCGGGCGAUCGACCAGUUCCAGGAAGUAAUGGCCGGCAAACCCAGCCAGAGUUGACAUGUAUCUGAUUCCACCUCCAACCUCAUUCGGAAUUGUUCGUUUGCUCUUGAGAUAGCCCUCCGUAAAUCGUAUCUGGUCUUGUAUAGUCCUGGGUCACUGGACUUGAAUACCACAGAUCUAGCCCUCAGCAGUCUAUGAGCCACCUGCUUCAUCCACGGCUUUUGAUUUGGGUUGAAAAUGGAAUCUUAUUGCCAUCUCUGCAGUCAGCUUUGCCUUUCUUGGACCUGCAUAGCAUUCCCAGGCUGGAAUUCCAUCAGUCUGUAUUUGAUGAGCUACGAGAAAAGCUGCUGGAUAAAAUUGCCACCAUUGCAUCAGAAGGAAAAGAUGGUGACAGGUACAGCAAGCUGGAAGAUCUGCUGGGGAAAUGCUUUCCAUUGGUUAAAGUGCCUUCGAUACAACCUGUUGUAAUGUGUGUGAUGAAACAUUUGCCUAAGGUGCCAGAAGAAAAGCUGAAACUGGUGAUGGCAGAUAAGGAACUCUACAAAAUCUGUGCCACAGAGGUUAAACGUCAGAUUUGGCAAGACAACCAGGCGUUGUUUGGAGAUGAGGUCUCACCUUUGUUGAAACAGUACAUCAUUGAGAAAGAAAAUGCUCUCUUCAGCAGUGAACUGUCAGUCCUGCAUAACUUUUUCUCGGCAUCCCCCAAAACACGACGUCAGGGAGAGGUAGUUCAGAAAUUAACCAACAUGAUCGGGAAAAAUGUGAAAUUGUACGACAUGGUUCUCCAGUUCCUACGUACUCUGUUCCUACGGACAAGGAAUGUACAUUAUUGUACUCUGCGGGCAGAACUCUUGAUGUCUUUGCACGACCUCGAUAUCAGUGAAAUAUGUUCUGUGGAUCCUUGCCACAAGUUUACCUGGUGCCUGGAUGCUUGUAUUCGAGAGAGAUUUGUUGAUGCAAAGAGAGCUCGAGAAUUGCAAGGAUUUUUAGAUGGAGUUAAGAAAGGACAAGAACAGGUAUUAGGUGACCUGUCGAUGAUCCUUUGUGACCCCUUUGCAAUAAAUACUUUAGCUCUGAGUACGGUGAAAAACCUACAGGAGUUGGUCAGCCAGGAUGCGUUACCCAGAGAUAGUCCAGACCUCCUCCUUUUGCUGCGUAUGCUAUCACUGGGACAAGGUGCCUGGGACAUGAUUGACAGUCAGGUGUUCAAGGAACCAAAAAUGGAGAUAGAACUCAUCACCAAAUUCCUACCAAACCUAAUGGCAUUUGUAGUAGAUGAUCACACUUUCAAUGUGGAUCAAAAACUGCCGACUGAGGAGAAAGUUUCAAAUUUGUACCCAGCAAGUCUUCCAGAAUCCUUUAUUAAGUUUAUUCUGGAACAUCGUGUAGCUUGUGAAAUCGCAUUGUACUAUGUUCUGCACAUCACAAAACAGAGGAAUAAGAAUGCUAUUCUCCGGUUACUGCCUUCAUUGGUGGAAACCUACAAUGGCAUGGCAUUUAGCGACAUUUUCUUACACCUAUUCACCAGCCAUUUAACUCUGUUGACAGAGGAAUUUGCUGAGGAGGACUUCUGCACUGCUCUUUUUGAUGGCUUCAUCCUUGCAACUUUCUCCAGUAAAGAAAAUGUGCACAGACAUGUCCUCCGUUUGCUGCUGCAUCUUCACCACAAAAUAGCACCUUCAAAAAUGAUCUCACUACAGAAGGCAUUGGAACCCACCAAACAGAGCACCGAGGCAGUGAGGGAAUUGUAUACUCAACUUACAGAAAAGAUGGAAAGUGUGAAGCAGAGUCCUGUGGAAACGAUGGAGACUCCAUCACUGGAACUGCCUCUGCGGACUGUAUCUACACCAGCUGCUGUCAUUUGAUGGAUUCAGAUUCCUAUUGGAAUUAAAGUGUGAUUGUGCAUUGGAGAAUAACCGUAUCUGCUUGCUGUUUGAAGAGGAAUCAUGAAACACUGAACUACACACUCUUCAGUUAGCUCAAGUCCUCGUAGAUUCGUAAAAUAGUACAUUAAUUAUUAACAUUUGUUACUUCUAAUUGCCAUAAAACAAACAUUUUCAUUGAACUGCAGUUACUUGUCAGAUGAGCUGUGCACUCCAUAAUCUUGAGCUUCAGAAAAGUACUGUACAGUACAUUUUCAUUGAACUGCAGUUACUUGUCAGAUGAGCUGUGCACUCCAUAAUCUUGAGCUUCAGAAAAGUACUGUACAGUACAUUUUCAUUGAACUGCAGUUACUUGUCAGAUGAGCUGUGCACUCCAUAAUCUUGAGCUUCAGAAAAGUACUGUACAGUAAAACAGGCUCUGAAUGACACUUCCAAGAACAGCAGCUAAAGGACUGAAAGUCAUUAUCAUUGCAAUUUUCCCAAUUUUUUUCUAUGCUUUAUUAUUUAUGCUAACACUGUCUUUCAUUUUUUAUUUCAUGCACCCCACUAGUUGCUGGCAGCCUAGAGAAGUAGUUGAUUACUAAGCAAACAAUAGAAAAUAUUUUUGUGACCCAAAACUGCAGGGUUUGAACUUUUUUAACAACUGACCAUUGUAAUUUUGGUUUUAAAUUUCAGAUGAGUGGUAAACUGAAAAAUUGUGUACUGUACUGUAUUAGGUGAACUUGAUUUAAUAGCUAAUGUUUGGCAAAUAAUUGUAUAUUUGUGUUUCAACAUGAUUAAUUGGUAAUGUCUAGAUAACUCAAUUCAUAUUUAACAAAGCAACAUAAAAGAUACAUACUAUGAACUUGAAAUCACUUUUUAUUGAGAAAAAUAAAGAUGAAAAUCUGACAUUUUGUUUAUUGGA